AUGUGCCGCCCUGUGCGUAUUGUCGUGCACGCAGUGGGGCGCACGAGGGAGAGAGGAUGGGAGACUUUAGCAGCGUCCGAAUACGAGCGAAGACUGUUGCGGGGCAAGCCGCCUAUCCUGGUGCGAACUACUUUCUAUUCCACAGGUGAGGCCUUGGCCAAUGCCGUCGAAGGCUCAAGCGGCAUCGUGUUGGACAGGAUGGGCGUGCAAAUGAGCAGCAUGGUCUUUGCUGAGAUGCUACAGUCCACUGCCUCUGGACACGUAGCAUUCGCUAUCGGAGGUGCUGAGGGUUUGCGACUUCCAGCGUCGUGGCUGCGCAUUUCUUUGAGCCAGAUGACUUGGCCCCAUCGCUUAGCCCGGCUGCUGCUGCUGGAGCAAAUCUUCCGCUCCCGGGAAAUUUGGGCACAAUCUGGCUACCACAAGUA